AUGAAUAAUCUACUUGUUGCUCUACUUGAUACUGAAAAUCGACAUCCGCGUAUCGAAAGUAACCUUGGUCAUCGUAUUUGGCGUUUUACUAACAGGAAUCAAUGCAUUCAAUUCGUCCAAAAUCAAAUGCCAACUUGUCAACAAAUCGACCUCUUUCUUUCUCAUCAGCACAGAGAUCUUAUUGGAAAUCAAUUAGUUUUACUUAACACAAUUCAUUUUCAUAUAUAUUACCCAACUGAAGAUGGUAUUCAAAACAAUCAUAAUGGUACACGUAUGUGGGUUUAA